AUGUGGAUUGUUGAUGUUCAGCUUCCGUUAGAUAACACCGACUUGGCAUCUACGGGUACCAGGUCCAUCCCGCUGAAGAAAGGGGUCACAUACAAACUUGGGCGAUCCGAUGAUUGUGACAUUCCUUUGAACCUGAGGAAAGUGUCACGGCUACAGACAGAAAUGGUGGUACUCGACGACCGAAGGUUAAGACUUAUGAACAAGGGCCAUGCUACAUGGGUGUAUGGCUCAGGAAAGGAACUCAAGGGCGGCUGCAACGAUUCUUUGACGUUGGCCAAAAACACCGUCUUGAAGCUCCGGUCUUCCGACUGGAAGUUUGAGUUUUUCAGAGUCGGCGACUUGAAGGUUUCAGCAAUGCUGAAGGCAAAGAUACAGAACAUAGAUUUUAUUCAAGUGUCUCCAGAAUUGAAGCAGUUGGAAUCGGUGCUUAUAAACGGCACUGUCGAGCGUAUUAAGCACCCGGACGCGUGGGCAAAGAAGCUAAGUUCACGAGAUUGGGAAACAACUGGCGGGUUGGCUGAUUGUCUGAUACCAGAGGUAGAACACAGUAAGACUGUAAUAAAUCUUGACGACGAGAUACCUGAAGAUGAAGUAGCAAAGGAAAAAAAGGGAGAUUCAAUGGCAAAGACAACGACCACAAAUAAAAAGGAUAUCGGGAUUGUCGAUAUCAAACCUUUCCCACUACAGCUAAGCAAUAGAGAGGCGAAACGUAGCCGAAAAAGCCAGUUGGAGAAAAUGUUUGACGAAAUGGACGAUUUGGAUGACCUGGAAACAUACACAUCGCAAAGCACGCAGAAAAACAAGGUCAGUCAAAUCCCUAGUGUCAGCACCAAUAUUUCGAUUGCCACUCCACCGAAAACCUCAAGCACAACUGGAUCAACCUUGAAUACGGUCAGCAAGGACUUGUCUAAGCUGAACCUGAAGAGAAGUGCCACACCGGAGGAAACCAAUGUCCCUUCGAAAAAAUCGAGAGUGACCUCUAGCAAGAGCUUGUCUCCGAAUCCUACGCCGUCCAAUGCCCAUUUGGCAGAGGUGUUCAAAAGAACAAAGCAGAUGAAGAUGGACAAGAUUUCUGAAGACGAAAAAUUGCUGCAUACCCUUCAGGGAAGAAAUAACGAUUCAAGUGUAGUGAAAAUCAAAAAGUUCCAGGUGAACUUUCAAGGUGGCUCAAAUCCGAAAGUUUACUCGAACUUUAGAAUGGCGUAUGGAAGUGACCCUCGGUGGGAGAAUCGCCUCAACUAUUCCAAGUUUGCAAAAACUACGACUGGCUCUGAAUACAACCCAAUUAUGGAUAGCACGAUUAAAACGGUCAAAUUUAAAACUUCCAACUAUAAAUCUAACGAGCUUCAAGUGAAUCUCAACCAGCACGACGACAUCAUUCCGGAAUUGGAUAGCAUGUUUGGCGAUGGUUCCGCAGCAGCUCCUCCAUCGGAACAGUUUCCAAGUCGAAAGAGAAGACGAGAGACAACGUUGUUUGUGGACAGCGACGACGAAGGCUCCCAGGCCAUCGAUGCCCAUGAGUCGUUCCGUGACACUGUUACAUCGCACAACAACAAAUUUCCGUGAUAACUAUUCAGCCAAUGAGGGCGACGACGACGAUACCCCCGUGUUCAAAUCUCGCAGACGAUAAGAAUCAUUUCUUCCGCUCAUUCUUCCAUUUGUACACUACCUGACCGUCCUUGGUGAUUUUCUUCUUCGAUCCCGGUUUCAUUAGCUCCCUUUGUAACUGUAGCUUACUUUUCACGUCUUUCAAUUUCUUCUCUCUUUCAAUCCUUUGCUUUAAUACAUCCAGUUCCCUUCUUUUGUAUGCCAACGACUCUUCGAGCGAUUCUGUGUCCUGAGACAAACUCUUGUUUGAGCUGAGUAGC